GGCGGCUCUCGCGAGACUUGCUGCGGGACCGGCGGCGCGGCGGGCGGGGGGCCGGGCCGGGGCCGGAGCGGCGGCUGAGGCGGCGCUGGAGCGGCGGCCGGGCCGGGCCGCGCGGGGCCGGGCAGGCGGCGGGAGCGCCCAGCGCUGCGCGGGCGGAUCGUCCCCCGGCCUCCCUGUAUGUGAGAGACGGGGCCGGCGCCUCGCACGGAGCCGGGAGCUGCCGCCGCGGGAGGAGCGGAGGCUUCGGGGAGCGCUUCCUGCCCACCGCCCGCACCGCCGGGCGCGGCAGCCCCAGCAUGGAAGCCAUCGCCAAGUACGACUUCAAAGCCACCGCGGAUGACGAGCUGAGCUUCAAACGGGGCGAUAUCCUUAAGGUUUUGAAUGAAGAAUGCGAUCAGAAUUGGUACAAGGCAGAACUCAAUGGAAAAGACGGCUUCAUUCCCAAGAACUACAUAGAAAUGAAACCCCAUCCGUGGUUUUUUGGAAAGAUUCCCCGAGCGAAGGCUGAAGAAAUGUUGGGCAAACAGAGACACGAUGGUGCCUUCCUCAUCAGGGAGAGUGAGAGUGCUCCUGGGGACUUCUCUCUCUCAGUCAAGUUUGGAAAUGAUGUGCAGCACUUCAAGGUGCUUAGAGAUGGGGCUGGCAAGUAUUUCCUUUGGGUGGUGAAGUUCAAUUCUUUGAACGAGCUGGUAGAUUAUCACAGAUCCACAUCUGUCUCCAGGAACCAGCAAAUAUUUCUCCGGGACAUUGAGCAGGUGCCACAGCAACCAACAUACGUUCAGGCCCUGUUUGAUUUUGAUCCCCAAGAGGAAGGAGAGCUGGGCUUCCAUCGCGGAGACUUUAUCCAAGUCCUUGACAAUUCUGACCCCAACUGGUGGAAGGGAGCAUGCCGUGGACAGACGGGCAUGUUCCCACGCAACUACGUGACCCCAGUGAACCGGAACAUCUAGAGAGAAAUAUUAGAGAUUAUUUAAGGAAACCAGAGAAACAGUAAAUACACAUACAGAGCCUAACUGCAGCCAGUGACCUAAAAAUCACACGGCGGUAAAACCAGAGUCACCUGUCACCGUGAGGUGAUCCUCCUUCCCUCAGUGCGGAACUUCAGGGGCGGGGGGAAGAGUUCAACUUACACACCAAAACUUACCUGAAAGGAAAAAAAAAAGGAAAAUAAAAAAAGGAGAGAGAGAGAGAGAGAAAAAAAAUGAAAAUAACAAAUUUCCUCAGCUGCUCCUGGGUUAUCCCCUUUUAUUCACUCUUGUUGCGAAUGAGUGUUUUAAGGUCACUUAAGGUCUCACCACCACAACUCUUCUUGUUUCCCCCUCCUCCUCUGUCCAUCAGUGCAUGAAGUUUUAAUGCCAUAUAAAGUCCUAGCCAAUGCAGUUAAAGGAAAAGGGAGAAACUCUGCUGGUAUUUUCUCUCUAUGCAAACGGUCUUCAUUUGGCAUGAAGGGACAUGAGAGAAGAACCAAAUCCACAGUCCUGCCUUUAAAAAAAAACAAAAAUCAUCAGUUUCUGCUUUGCCUUCAACAUUCAGCAUUUCUUGCCUGGGAAAGAUGAGGUGUUAAUCUAAUUUUUAUUGUCUCUUCUCCUUUGGCACUUUCUUCUGAAGCUCAGCAGCUUCCAAACAGAGGAAGGGAGAAGAGUUGUGUGGCUUUUUGUUCUCUUUUUUACUUUUGAGUCACAGAGCUGCUUUGAGAAACUCCAACGUACAACUGAAGUCUAUUAAUGCUGUGCUGACAGCUUUUUUGUUUUUUCUUAAAGGUGUACGGUUGAGCACAUUCUGUAAUUUUUUCCAUAGUGCCUUCCCCUUAUUUUCUUUUUUAUUAUUUUUUAAGUUAAAAGGACAGUCCAGAGCUUUUCAGAGGAUUUUUUUUCUGCCUAUGUGUAAAUAAAUACUUUGGGGGAAGGGGGCAAAGGAGGGUGGUUUUAUCAAUGGACACUUGAGAAAAAUCUACAAACAGAGAUGGAGCUUUAAUCUUCAGAUUUGUCUUACUGUUCAACUUCCCUUAUUCCAAGGAAAAUAAAAUCAAGGCAUUCAAGUGGCAACUUAGGCUGCUCAGAGGUGGAGAGCUGCAACCAGGAGCCUCAAAAGAAGUAAGAGAAAGGGGAAAGUUAUGAUGAGGGAAAAUGAGGAAGAAUAUUUGGGGAGGGAGGGUUAAGGGGGGAAUUUGAGAAAUAAUAGCCCUGAGAUGUCCUACGAAAUGUACAUUCCUUUGGUGGAAAACUUCAUAAUGCAGAGAAACCUCAAGAAAUAGUGCUUGAAAAAAAACUUUUAUGCUCUUAGUGAAUGUUUCUACGUGAUGCAUGUGAUCAGCCUGUCUCCUCGGCCUGGAUAGGCAGUAUUUGCAGUCGUGUUGCUCUUGAGAAGUGGAGUUGGCAUCCCUGUUCUCCAGUCUCUCCUCCCUCCUCAGGUCAGUGUUCCUGUUGAAGUAGCUCCCCGCCCGCUCCCGUUCACAGCAGGCUGUGUGUGACUGUUCUCCCCACCCUGCACCCCGGAGCGUUUCUGGUGGCCCUUUGCUCCUCACCAGAGCAGUGUGACAUUAAAUUGGACAGAAGAAAAGCAAUCAGCCCGCAGCGCUCUCUGUGCCAAUCUUCAGUUGCGUUUUUUUUCCCCUGGUAGCCAUUUGGCUGGAUCCCUUCACCCCACCAACACAUCCCAACCUGCAGUGGAGACCUCCUCCCGCCCUGCCUCAGCACGGGCAAUCUUUUGUUGGAGGGUGCCUUUUUUUGUAGUAAGUGUUAAAAAAGUUGUACUCCUGAGAUGAACUCUGCCUUACACUUUGAUUUUCCAGCAAAUGAGAGAGAGAGCUACCCUGUAGAGUAUUACUUUUUCCCCCCUCUCCUUGCUAGCUGUCACUCACUUUCUUCCCACUUUGUAAAGUGAUUGGAAAAGGAAUCUAUGGCAUUCUACACCGGACCAUUUGAUUGUUUCCUUAUUUUGGAAUUGGUGUAUAUCAUGCAGCCUUGCAGACAUAUGUCUUGUGUGUGUAUAUAUAUUAAAAAAAUUUUCUGUGUUUAAAUAAAAAAAAGGCCUAUGUACUUAAUCCUUUAACUCUGCAGCAGCAUUUGGUAGAUAGUAAUUAACUGUGAAUAAUAAAUAUACAUUGAAUUCUUCACUUGA